GGAGAGGCAUGAGGGUGAACAUCUCAGGACUGUGCUUUCUGACCGUCCACAGGCACUGGGCUAGGAUGUCGUUCUUCUGUGUGGGCAUCUGGACUUUCUUGCUCUCACUCCUCCUUCCCUGGCCAGGUGCAGGGCAGUUCCUGGUGAUUGGACCAAGCUCACCCAUCCUUGCCAUGGUGGGGGAAGAGGUCAUAUUUUCCUGUCACCUCAGCCCCUCCAUGGAUGCUCAGAACAUGGAGGUGACUUGGCGCCAUAUUAAAAAAUCAGGCUUGGUGCACAACUAUAGGAGUUCCCUGGACGAGGAGCAGCAGCACCCAGAGAACCAAGGGAGGGCAGAGUUCCUGAGGGACAACAUCACCAGUGGGCAGGUGGCCCUGAGGAUCCACAACAUCCACCCUUCAGAUGAAGGCGAAUACAGAUGUUUCUUUUUAAGCUCCACCUACCACAAUGAAGCACAAUUCAAAGUGUUGGUCACAGGAACAGGCAUGACUCCUCACAUUCACGUUGAACCGGAUGCAACUAGGGGCAUCAGGCUGACCUGCACAUCCACGGGGUGGUACCCCCAGCCCGAGGUGCAGUGGAAGGGCAGGCAAGGACUGCACUUCACUCCAGACUCUGAGACAGUGAGAGCAGAAGAAAGUGGCAUGUUUCAGGUGCAAGCAUCCAUCUUGGUGGAGGAGAGUUCAACAGGGAACGUGUCCUGUUUCAUAAGGAACCCGCUCCUGGGCGAGCAGAAGGAAGCACGUGUGUCCCUGGCAGGUGCCUUGUUUCCCAGGGACAGGUCCUGGAAGCUGGGGCUGUGUGCCUUCCUGGUUCUCCUGGAGGUCAGCCUGAUGGUCACCUGUGUGCUGCUGAUGCGCUCCAGAAAAGCCAAAAGUUUGCUCAAGGAGCAGCACGAUCUGUUGAAUAAACAGAGAGAGAAAAUGGAAGAAGAGAAUGCUAAAUUGGAAGAAGAGUGUGGUAGAAUCAACAAAGCGCUUGCACACAGGAGAUGGCUCGCCGAAGAGGAACUGAAGAAGAUUCGAAGAUUUGCAGCGGACGUGACGCUGGAUGCAGCCACUGCUCACCCUUACCUUGCCGUGACAGAUGACGGGAAGUGUGUGACAUAUGUUCCCGAGAGGCAAGACGUUCCCGACAACCCUGAGCGAUUCGACACGCUAGUGGGCGUGCUGGGUCGGAACCGCUUCUCUGAGGGAGAUCACUACUGGGAGGUGGGAGUGGCAGGCAAGAGCAUGUGGGCCGUCGGGCUGUGUUUGGAGUCCGUUCGGCGGAAAGGCCAGUACACCAAGGCCUGUCCAGAAACCGGCUUCUGGAUUCUGCGUCUGCAGAACGGCGAGUGCUCGGCUUUUGCCACUCCCCGCACCGUGGUCACCCGAGAGCCCCUCUCGCGGCUGGGGGUCUUUCUGCAGUACAGCCAAGGGUUGAUCUCUUUCUACAAUGUCACCGAGUUCGUCAUCCUCUACACCUUCCAAAGCAACUUCAACCGCGAGCCGCUGAGGCCCUAUUUCUACCCUGGGACUGUCAGUGCCGAGAAGACGAAUGGCCUUACCAUCCUGAAGCUGUGAGCCGCCCCUCAGGGCCUGGCCAGAGCACCCCUGCACCAGGCUCGCAGCUGCCCGCCGGACCUUGGUGGUGUGGGGCUUGCCCUGCCAGGACUCCAAGAGCGGGGUGCCCCACGUCCUGGGGCCUCGCUCUGGGCUUUGUGGGAGACUAGGGCACUCUUCCUCGCUCCCCUGUCCCCAGAUCUCCUCCACACCCUUCCUGAGAUUUCUUUGGGCCUUAAUAAAUAAGAGCUCUCCACUUCUU